CAGGGGCGGGGAGGGCGGCAGCGACCCGGAACUGCGGCGGGGAGCCAGGGCGGGCCGUGCUUUGCCGGGGCGGCUGCGGGAGCCAUGCCGCCGCCCAAGGACGUGGUGAAGAUCGCCAUCCAGAUGGUGGGCGCCAUCCCCCAGCUCAUCGAGCUCCAGCAGACCAAGCCUCUGGCCUCCGUGCUCAAGGACGUCUGCGACGCGUGGAGCCUGCCCAACGCGGAGCACUACGCCCUGCAGUACGCCGACGGGCGCCAGACCUACAUCACCGAGUCGAACCGCGGGGAGAUUAAGAACGGGAGCAUCCUGCGGCUGACCACCUCCCCGGACCAAGAAGCAGAGAGGUUGUACAACGGGAUCCGGAGCAACAACGUGGACGUGAAGACUGACUCAUUGAAGAAGCUUGCAAGCCUCUCCCAGGACGUUACCUUUGCUCAGGAGUUCAUCAACAGGAAUGGCUUGAAACUAAUCUUCUGCAUUGUGGAGGAAGGGAACGAUUCGGGGGAGAUCCUGGCUCACACCCUGAAGGCCUUCAUGGAGCUGAUGGAGCACGAUUUCGUUUCCUGGGAGACUCUCAGCGCAGCCUUCAUCAAAAAGAUAGUGAGCUACGUCAACAUGAACGCGAUGGACGCCUCUGUGCAGCAGCUCUCCUUGUCAAUCCUGGAGAACAUGGUACCUAGCAGUCGCCUCCUCUUUGACCUAGUCAAAAAAGAAGUGACGGUGGAUCGCCUUCUCACCCACCUGCAGGUGACGAACGCCCAGCUGCAGCUGAAGGCGAUGGCCCUGCUGAUCGCGCUGCUGCUGGCCGCGACCGACAGCGAGCGGCGGGACAUGAUGGAGUACCUGCGGGAGAAGAACAUCAGGCAGUUCAUCCACAAGAACAUCAUCCACAGCCCGGAGCCGCUGGGGGACGAGAUGGCCCACUACCUGUACGUGCUGCAGUCCGUCAGCCUCAACCUUUACGACCGCCGCAUGAGGACCUCCAUGGAUCCCUACUCACAGGAGCAGCGGGAGCUCCUCCAGUCGCUGCGCCAAGCUGCCUUCGAGUCGGAGAGCGAGGCGCCCACCAGCAACUUCAGCACCGAGCGCCGGCGGUCCCUGUGCGCCAAGGAGUUCCGCAAGCUGGGCUUCACGAACAACAGCAACCCAGCAGAGGACCUCCGCCGUGCCCCGCCGGGGCUCCUCGCCCUCGACAACAUGCUCUAUUUCUCCAGGCACACCCCCAACGCCUACAGCCGGUUCGUCCUCGAGAACAGCAGCCGUGAAGACAAACACGAAUGCCCCUUCGCUCGGAGCAGCAUCCAGCUCACCCUGAUCCUCUGUGAGAUCCUGCACAUCGGAGAGCCGUGCUCGGAGACGGCUCAGGCCUUUUACCCUAUGUUCUUCGGGCAGGAUCAUUUCUUUGAAGAGCUCUUCUGCAUCUGCAUCCAGCUGGUGAACAAGACCUGGAAGGAGAUGCGCGCUACCCAGGAGGACUUUGAUAAGGUGCUGCAGGUGGUGCGGGAGCAGAUCACCAGGACCCUGUCCCUCAAGCCCACCUCCCUGGAGCUUUUCAAGACCAGAGUGAACGCACUGAACUACAGCGAGAUCCUCAAGCUGCGGCAGACGGAGCGGCUGCACCAGGAGGAGACGCUGGCGGUGCCCGUGCUGGAGUUGCGCGAGAGGCUGAAGCCAGAGCUCCUGGAGCUGAUCCGACAGCAGCGCCUGCUGCGGCUCUGCGAGGGCACCCUCUUCCGCAAGAUCAGCAGCCGCCGCAGGCAGGAUAAGCUGUGGUACUGCCGCCUGUCACCCAACCACAAGGUGCUGCACUACGGGGACGUGGAGGAGGGGGUGCAGUCGCCCCCCAUCGAGAGCCUGACGGAGAAAAUUCCCGUGGCAGACAUGAAGGCGCUGCUUAUCGGCAAGGAGUGUCCACACACGAAGGAGAAGAGCUCUGGGAAGCAGAACAAGGAUGUCCUGGAGCUCGCCUUCUCUAUCGUGUAUGAUGUGGAGGAAUACUGCCUGAACUUCGUUGCCCCCACACGGUACGAGUUUUGCCUCUGGACGGAUGGGCUGAACGUGCUCCUGGGCAAGGAGAUGACAAGCGAGCGCAUGCAGACAGACCUCGACGUCCUGCUGUCGAUGGAGCUCAAACUGCGGCUCCUGGACAUUGAGAACAUCAGCAUCCCCGACACCCCUCCUCCUGUCCCAAAGCCCCCCAGCAACCUAAACUUCUGCUAUGACUUCAGCCAUGCAGAACAGUGAGUUUCUGCAUCCCCCCUGUGCCCGAUCUCCCUGCCCCUUUUUUUCUGUACGGGCUGCCCCAUUCAGCUCUGCGGUGGUUGGAGCUAGAAUCGUUUUGUCGCCUGCCAACAGCAAAACCCUUCCUCCAGGCUCUGUCCCCCAUUCCUGCCCCAAAGGGACGAGCCCAGGUGCUUGGGUGUGCGCUGCCUGUCCCCCUCCUGUGCUGGAGGCCUUCCACUCCUGCACCGUGCCCAGCCAGAACUCACCAGCAUCCCCCAGCAAACUGUUGGCAGAGGGAAGGGGCAGGUCUGCUCUGCUCCCCUGCCACAGGUGGGCAAGAUGAAAUGCUUUCUAGACAGCUGGUGCUGCCCCCACACCCACCCUUUGCUGCGGUCAGAUUUGGGCAGAGAGGGCAAGGGCAGCAGGAGGAGUGAAGGUGCAGGCACUGCAGCUGGGGGGUCAUCACUACAGCGGUACAGCUGCUCGGGGCAGAGGCUCCCUCCUGGCUUAAAAAUGGGUUAGAAAAUGCCCACUGCUCGGUCUGAUGAGCAGCCAGCACUCCCCAGCAGGGUCAGGUUUGCUGAUGGACAGGCCAGGCACUUAUGCACUGAAAGAUUUCUUUUCUGCUCCCCUCCCUCUCCUUGCUGCGAGCGCUCCCAGUCCCGGGCAGGGCCAUGGGAUGCUCCCAGAGGUCGUUUAGGGUACGAGUCCCCUCUUCCCAGCACAAUUUCAGACGGGCACAGGCUCGCUGCCCCAGUGCCUGACCCCAGUCUGUGCUAACCUUGGUGCCUUCCCCCACCCCGGUGGAUACUUGCACACUUCAGCCAUGCUGCUGCACUACUGCAAUACGACGAGCUACCUCCUCCGUGGCCCCAAAAACCUCCCGCCCCGGUGCCCUGCACCUCCUCGUGCCUACAGCUUCUCCGAUGGGUGUUGUAGUGACAAGGGGGUAGCCUGUGACUGUCUAAGCACUGUAACUGCACGCUGCUGGGGUGGCCAGGGCUCUCGACUCCCCCAUCUCCUGCAGAUUUGGACAAUAAACACUUGUGGAGAACUCA